AUGCCGCCCCUCGCCCCGCUCCGCCUCUGCCUGUGCGCGGCCGCCGCCGCCGCCGCCGCCCUCACCCUCCGCGGCGAUCACCGCCUGGCCGGGCUGUUCCCGCUGCACGCCGCAGAGCCCCGCGCCGCCCGCCCGCUGGUGCGCGGCUGCGAUGACGCUGCAGUCUUCAAAAGCCACGGCUACUGCCUGUCCCAGGCCCUGCGCUUCACCAUAGAGGAGAUCAACAACUCCAGCACGCUACUCCCGAACAUCACUCUGGGCUACGACAUCCUCGACACCUGCUCUGAGCCUGCCAACCUCCACGCCACCCUGCAUGCCCUCGCCCGCAAAGGCGGGCAGGGUGUCCAGCUGCUCCCUGCCUUCCAACACUAUGAGCCCCAGGCUGUUGCCGUCAUCGGCCCCGACAGCACCCAGCUAGCCCUCACCACAGCUGCCAUCCUCGGUAUCUUCCUCGUACCAGAGAUCAGCUACGAAGCCUCUGUGGAGACAUUGAGCCUGAAGAGGCUGUACCCGUCAUUCCUGCGCACCAUCCCCAGUGACAGGCAGCAGGUGAAGGCUAUUUUCCUGCUGCUGCAGCACUUUGGCUGGACCUGGGUGGUGCUGCUGGGCAGCGACAACACCUAUGGUAGGGCCGGCCUCGAUGCCCUGCACAAGUUGCUGACCGCAAGCAAUGUGUGCGUGGCCUACCGAGGCACCAUUCCCGCCAACUCGGACGCCAGCAACCCUGAGCUCCACAACCUGGUCCGAGUCUUCACAGACGUCAGGGUCAAUGUCACCAUCGUCUUCUCCAACAGCCGAAGCGCCCGCCCAUUCUUCGAGGUGGUCAUCCAGAAGAACAUCACAGGCAUGGUGUGGGUGGGCUCUGAAGACUGGUCAUUGUCUCAAACCAUCUGGCAGGUGCCUGGCAUCCAGACCAUUGGCACAGUGAUUGGGAUGACGGUUGAAAAGCCAGAGUCUGUGAUGCUGGAACGCUUUGAAAGUUGGAAGAUGGUGGAGGAAGGUGCUGCUGCCAAGUGUGCUGGCACCGCAGAGGCAGGCAGGGAACUGGGGGGGAGCGCGAGGCUGGACUGCACCCAGCGUUACACCGGCUGCCGCUCACUGACUGCUGCCUCCAACGUGUACGAUGCUCAAGCCUCCUUCAAUGUGUACUCAGCCGUGUAUGCUGUGGCCCAUGGCCUGCACAACCUGCUAGGCUGUGCCUCAGGGGCUUGCAGCAAAGGCACCGUCUAUCCCUGGCAGCUUCUACAAAAGAUCAAGCAGGUAAACUUCACCUUGUACAAGAGCCGAGUCUCUUUUGAUGCCAACGGGGAUAUUCGUAAAGGCUACGACAUCGUCAUGUGGAACUGGAGUGGCUCAAACUGGGCUUCUGAUGUGAUAGGAACCUUCCAUGUCAACCCUGACAGGCUGAGCAUUGACCCAGGCAAAGUCCUGUGGCACACAAAAGAUGGUCAGGCUCCCACCUCGGUGUGCUCUGAGACCUGUCAGCCGGGAGAGAGGCGGCUGCAGCAGAGCCGCCACUGGUGCUGCUUCAGCUGUGUAGCCUGUCCAUUGGGCACCUUCCUGAACAGAUCAGACCCCUACGGCUGCCAGGCCUGUGGGCUGGACGAGUGGGCCCCGGCAGGGAGUGAGGCCUGUUUCAACCGUACUGUCGAGUUCCUGUCCUGGUCCGAGCCCCUCUCCUGGGCGCUGCUGACCCUGGCUGUGCUCCUCAUGCUGCUCAUGGCGGCACUGGCUGUCCUCUUUGCCCUCAAUGCCUCCACACCCGUGGUCAAGUCUGCGGGCGGGAAGAUGUGCUUCCUCAUGUUGGGGUCCCUGGCCUGCACCUGCAGCAGCCUCUUCUGUUACUUCGGGGAGCCCACGCGGCUGGCGUGCCUGCUGCGGCUGCCACUCUUCGCCAUCAGCUUCACCGUGUUCCUGUCGUGCGUGGCGACCCGCUCCUUCCAGAUCCUCUGCAUCUUCAAGCUGAACUCGCGCUGCCCGGCGCUCUACGAGGCUUGGCUGCGGCGCCAGGGCCCGGUGCUGUUUGUGGCCGCCAGCACGGCGGUACAGGCCGUGCUGUGCUUGGCCGCCGAGGCCGCCGGCCCCGCGGUGCCGCUCCGGGACUACGGCGCGCAGCCCGACCGGGUGGUGCUGGAGUGCGCUCCGAGCACCGCGGCCGGCGCCGCCAUCGCCUACACGGUGCUGCUCAGCGCGGGCUGCUUUGCGCUCAGCUACGCGGGCACGGACCUGCCCGCCGGCUACAACGAGGCCAAGAGCCUGACGGGCUCCCCCCCGGCCCCGGCGGAGGGCGGCGGCGGGCGGGGGGACGGCGACGCCGAGCCCCUCUCCGAGAAAAAGGCGCUGCGGAGCAGAAAGAGCCCCCCCGCUCCUGGAAAGGCGCCGGGGAGCAGAAAAGGUACAGCGGUGCCGGUCGAGUGCCCUACAUGUCAUAAAACCUUCCUCAGCAAAUAUUACCUUAAAGUGCACAACAGGAAACAUACUGGAGAGAAGCCAUUUGAGUGUUCCAAGUGUGGCAAAUGUUACUUUAGAAAAGAGAAUCUCCUGGAACAUGAAGCCAGGAACUGCAUGAACCGAUCAGAACAGGUGUUCACGUGCUCAGCAUGCCCGGAGGUGUUCAAGCGGCGGAUGGAGCUGCGGCUGCACAUGGUGUCACACACUGGGGAAAUGCCAUACAAGUGCUCCUCGUGCUCGCAGCAGUUCAUGCAGAAGAAGGAUCUGCAGAGCCACAUGAUAAAGCUGCACGGCGCACCCAAGCCCCACGCGUGCUCAACCUGCUCCAAGUGCUUUCUGUCCCGGACAGAGCUGCGCCUGCACGAGGCCUUCAAACACCGCGGAGAGAAGCUGUUUGUGUGUGAGGAGUGUGGGCACAGGGCCUCGAGCCGCAAUGGCCUGCAGAUGCACAUCAAGGCCAAGCACAGAAACGAGCGGCCCUAUGUGUGCGAGUUCUGCCACCACGCCUUCACGCAGAAAGCCAAUCUCAACAUGCACCUGCGCACUCACACUGGCGAGAAGCCCUUCCAGUGCCACCUCUGCGGCAAGACCUUCCGGACACAAGCAAGUCUGGACAAGCACAACCGGACACACACCGGUGAGCGGCCAUUCAGCUGUGAGUUCUGCGAGCAGCGUUUCACGGAGAAGGGGCCGCUGCUGAGACACAUCGCCAGCCGGCACCAGGAGGGGCGGCCCCACUUCUGCCACAUCUGCGGGAAGACGUUCAAAGCAGUGGAACAGCUGCGUGUCCAUAUCCGCCGGCACAAGGGCGUGAGGAAGUUUGAGUGCACCGAGUGUGGCUACAAGUUCACGCGGCAGGCUCACUUGAGGCGCCACAUGGAGAUCCACGACCGCGUGGAGAACUACAACCCACGGCAGCGGAAGCUGAGGAACUUGGUCAUCGAGGAUGAGAAGGAUGUGAUGGUGGUGCUGCAGCCGCCCCCAGAGCUGGAGGUGGGCUCAGCCGAGGUGAUUGUGGAGUCACUGGCCCACGGGUCACUGCCUGAGGAGGUUCCGGCGCAGAGACUGUGCUCUAAUGAGAACUUCUCCACGGCGGACGUGAUUGAGCAAUCUCUGAUUAUAACGACAACGAUUCCUGAAGACUGUGAGACAUAAUGCAGCCACCCUUCCACUGAAACACAAUAAAGUGUUGGGCUGAGCCAA